AUGGAUUAUUAUUUUUAUCAAGAAUUAGAUGGUAAAAUUCCAUAUCUUUCGUAUUCAGAAAGGCUUGCAUUUAAAAUUAGUAAUCCAGUCAAAUACUACGAGAAAGUUUCAGGUGAUGAUCAUAAAUCGACUUAUAAGAUAGUUCAUAAAGAUUUUACAAAUGAAGAAAAGCAGCUUGUUACUGAAUAUCUCGAGCUAAUGAAGUUCAUCUCGACAGAAGUGAAUUUUAAUUAUAUUCCAUUUCAAUUACUCGAAAAAUUAAAGAACAGAAGCCUCAAAGCAGUUACAAACUACAUGAAAGAUCUAAUUCAAUUUAAUUUUAAAAUACCAACAAGUUCUCCAGAAAUCAGACUUUAUAAACCAUUUAAACGACAGAUUUUCGAGCCAGUUAAGUUUGAAAAUAUUAGUAAUGCUUCUCAGGCACUUCAUGGAAUUAGUGAAGUCAAACAGGUUGAUGGUUUAAUAUAUUUAAUCAAAUUUUCAAAUGAAUCAGAAGAUCCAAUCAUAGUAGAUUUACGUAAUGACAAGGUUAUCGACUUUACCCAUAAGCUUUACACAAAAGAAGGUUCAAUAACAAGCUUCUUUAAAAAUAUCGUUGGAAACAACAAUUGGGUUAUUGUUCCAACAUUUAAUUCAUUAAUCAGAUUUGAUUUAAACAGACCAGGCAAACUUGAUAACGUUUUAACUUAUUAUUCGAAUAAUAUUAGUUUAUUACAAAACUACGACAGCGAAGAGCUCAAAAACGCCAGCCUAAUCGCUUCAGAAUAUACAGAUGGCACUUUUCUCUUCAAAACAGACACAAAACUUAUUUUUUAUACAAAUUCAGAUUUUAGCGAAUACAGUCACUUCGAACACGAAGUUCAUUCACCAAACAAAGCUGCUACAGAGUUUGAGUCAGCAAAGGUUGUCAAAUAUUCUGAUCUAAAUGGUAAUAAUUUAGAAGAUUAUAUAGACAUCAUUUUUGUUUCCAAAUCAGAUAAAGGAGUAUACCAUUGUUCAGUUAAAGGAACAAAUCUGACCGAAACUCAUUAUCUUGUUGAUAAAUCAAAAAGGAAUUUAAUUAAUUUUGAAUUAAUUCCAUGCGAAGGAGAAGCUCUUGUUUUUGCAAACUUAGAAAACAUAUUCAUAAGGACAUUGAAGAAUUUAAACGGUCACCAUGAAUAUUUGAUAAAUCACAGUCCAUUUUUACCAAAAAAGUGCGCUUUAAUGAAUUCCUCGUUUGCUUUUGUUCAACAAGAAGAUGAGGAUUUAUUCGUAGUCUAUACAAUGGACAUUGAUUUGAUGAGAGAGCCAAAAAGAGUUAUGGAACUGCACGAUUGUACAAAAAUUAUUCCGUUCGAUUACAUAAUCCGAAAAGACGAUAAAAGUGAUGUAAACAAGAAAAGUGACAUCCAUAAAAUUUUCUUUGCUGUUGGAUCUAAAGAUAAAAUUGAUUUCUUCAGACCAAAUACAGAUAGAAAUUAUUAUAGCAUUGAAUGUCCAGACAUAAUUGACUUUUUCAUCUCAUCCAGAACAGGAAAUUUGGUGAUAUUCCAAGGUGAUGGAUCACUUAGAGUUUGCAAGAUGAAAAAUGAACUCUUCUAUGAAACAGAAGCUGAAAAUCAAAUUUGA